AUGAUCGCCCUGGGAUUCAUCAGCGCGGUGCUGGGCCUGGUCUUGGUGUUGCUGGUCCUUCGCAAACAGACGCCCUCCAAGUUCCACGCGAGCACUACGCAGGCCACGGCGCCACCAUCGCUGAAGCCAGAUCCUGCCACCGGCUGCCUGACACCUGUUGAACAAGCCGUCCUAUUCACCCAGAACGGUGUCAUCUAUGGCCGAAGCUCGGACAUCGGUGAAAAUAAGUCUGUGCGGACCUUCAUGGGUAUCCCCUACGCAACGGCUGCCCCACAGGGCCGCUUCGACCACGGCUCCCUGGUCGCCUUUUCCCGCACUCCGCACUGCGUCCGACCGGAACAUUCACCGGCCGACUGCCUCAGCCUAAAUGUAUGGGCUCCGCCGGCCUGCAUUCCCGCGGAGGACGUCAAGAACAAGACGGUCAUAGUGGCGCUCACAGAAAACUGGUUCCGCACGACGCUCUUACCGCUAUCGCCCUCCUGGGCCGAGAUGGCCGCCAGCGAGGACGUCGUCGUCUUCGUGCCCAACUAUCGACGCGGAAUUAUGGGCUUCCUGAAUACUGGUAACCAGGGCGUUCCUGGAAACGCGGGCCUCUUCGACCUGAUCACGGCACUCCGGUGGAUAAAGCGGAACGCACCGGACUUCGGCGGUGAACCGGACUCGAUGGUCGCCUUGGGACAGGGCUCCGGAGCUGCCAUGCUUUCUCUCGCGCUCAGCGGUCUUGGCCGAGGUUUCUUUAAGCGGGCUAUCUUUCUAGACAUGUCGCCGUUCUCGCUGAUUCCCCGAAAUGACCGACACGUCGGCGAGAGCAUCGCGCUACGGCUCUGUCGCCUGAUGGGGUGCCACGAGCAGACCGGCGUCAAUGCGUCACUGUACCUGCAACGGUCGUACACGGAUGAGACCCUCCUGGCAUACGCUGAGGCUAUGGACGAACUAUGGUUCGUGCCCAGCUUCGACCAGGAGUCGUUGACCUUCCCUCCCGAGAAGCUCGUCGGAGGCCUCGAAGGCUUGGAUCUUCUGUGCGGCGUGGAUAGCCACGCGGGAAAACUUCUGUUCCACCGCUACCUGUUGCCGCGUCUUCAGCGAGCGGGUGGCCACGUCAAAGAAGACGAGACGCGCUUCCUCGCCAACCUUCUCACCUUCUUCCUGAAGGAGGCGGCAAAGGAGUUCGAAGACACGCUGCCACGACUGGUCAGCGAGAUAAAAACGUACUACGGCAGCGCAAUCACGGACAAGCCGUACGAUACUCUGGAGAAAUUCUUCACGGACUUGGUGUUCCGCUGCCCGAUGAUGACACUAGCGGAUGCAGCUGCGUCGACAGGAGAAAACCGUUCUGUUUUCCACUUCGUGGGGACGACGAAUGACACGCAAGGGUUCGUCCUCACCGCCUCGCAGAUAGCAGACUUCGCAAAGUCAGGGAAAGCACCGAGCUUGCCCGGCGGGCACUCGUGGGUUCCCUACACGAAAGGUUCCCUUCACACUGUGCAUCUACCUGAUGGCGUUCCUGCCGAUACCCAGAGAGAACGCUGCAAGGUGGGCCGCCAGGUGUACGACUACUACUGGGCCGUCUAUGGCACGGGACACAACGUCACGUGGCCCAAAACGAACUCGGGCCGAAGACGAGCGUGAUCAAACCAAAACAUCGUUUUGUUUGCGACCAGUGAAUUGUAUACACGUCCAUCUUGAUGCAAUUGUGCACUAUUUCAUAAAAUUGAGCAGGCUGUUUCAAUGUGCACAACGACGGCCAUGAUAUCAAACAAGUUACUGAUGAUGGGUAAAUUAAGAUGCUCCUAACGGUAACGA